GUGAUUCAGGAUGAGAAAUGAUUUUUGGGAGCUAGGGAAGAACCCACAUUUUUGUUUCAUCAUUUCCAAUUUGCUGCAAAUGAACCCAUUGGAGCUGAGGCAGUAUCUCUCUGCUCACCCUUGAAAUUGUUUAUUUUUAAUUCCAUGCUCAAGUUUACCAUCUUUGGAGGCCUUGUGAAGCAAUUUAAAGAAAGUGAAGUUCCUACAGGUAUUGACAGCAGGAGUGAACUUUGGCCAAUGAAAGAUGGAACCUCAAGACAUACUAGAAUGGAAUGGGCAAAAAAUGACGAAGAAAUUAAAGCUGUCCUUAGAAAACUAGACAACCUGAUGCCCAGCAUGACUUUCAUGGAUAUAAAUACCACCACAAGUGCUAAGAACAGCAAGGCCACCAUCUUAAACUACAAAGACUCUUAUUGUGUUGGCGAGUAUUUGAUGGUUCGACUGGAUUUAUACAACUACUUGGGUAAGAGGAAGGAAUACGGAGGAGACUUCUUACGAGCAAGGAUCUUCUCUUCAAGUCUUAGGGCUGGAGCUUCCGGACACAUCACAGACUAUAGGAAUGGGACAUACCUGGUCAAUUUCACUUUAUUCUGGGCUGGCAGUGUUAAAGUAUCCCUCAUGCUCAUCCACCCCAGUGAAGGAGUUUCAGCACUGUGGGCUGCAAGGAAGAGGGGCUACGACAAAAUAGUUUUCACAGGCAAAUUUUUAAAUGAAACGUUAGAUGUCUUCACUGAAUGUGGAUUUAACAAGACCACAAAUGCAGAACUGUGCGAGUAUCUAGAUGAGCGAGACCAGGAGGCCUUUUACUGUGUGAAACCAAAGCAUGUGCCAUGUGAAGCUUUCAUCCAGCUGAAGUCCAACAACAGCCCCAUCUCAUACUUCACAGCCAUGGAAAAGAGACUUUUAAAAAGGUACAGUGUUGGAAUUGAGAUCCCUCAGAAUUUCGGGAACAUUCGUGUCAUGCCCUGCAAAACGAGUAACGUGACGAGAGACAAGUGCAGGAUUGGGAUGGCUUCUCCUGUCCCCAGCGGCUAUGUUUUGCACAACACCUGGCACCCAGAAUUUUGCUCUGUCCACAAUUUCAGCACUUUGGAUAAGAUCCGUGCCAGCCUGAAGAGCAAAAUGAUUUAUCUCAUGGGGGAUUCAACAUCAUUUCAAUGGAUUUCUUACCUUACCAAGAGAGUGACAACGUUGAAGUACUUUGAUCACCAAAGCGUUCCAGUCUUCAAGACACAUGUGGCUUUGGACCUGGAGAGGAACACAUUCAUCCAGUGGAAAAAACAUGGGUACCCCCUUGUGACAAAGUCCUUCUAUUCAGUCAAAGAUUUGAAUUACGUUGCUCGGGAAAUCGACCAAGUAGCAGGGGACAGCGACACAGCCAUCGUCAUUGCUAUAGGUCAGCACUUCAGACCAUUCCCCAUGGAUCUCUUUGUGCGAAGGGUUGUAAACAUUCGCCGCGCCAUUGAGCGCCUUCUCCUGAGAAGCCCUGACACCAAAGUCAUUGUCAAAACAGAGAAUAUCCGAGAAAUGAAUGCAGACACAGAGCGAUUUGGCGACUUCCAUGGCUAUGCCCAGUACCUUGCCAUGAAAUACAUUUUUCAAGGUCUCAGGGUUGGCGUAAUUGAUGCCUGGGACAUGACUAUUGCCUAUAAUACAAACAAAAUUCACCCACCAGAACAAGUGGUUUGGAGCCAAAUCGUGUUGUUUCUAACAUACCUCUGUUAAGAAUGACCUUGGCCCUUAUGAUCAACAGAGAGAACCGUCUUGCCUGUUCCAUUUGUGGCUGCUAGGCUGG